GUAAAACUUUCCUGACGUCAGCAAACGUCACGUUCGUUAUAAAACACCUUGAGAGGAAAUCAAUCAGCUGAGUUCCUUGCUCCCGCUCUGACCUCCGUCAUGACCUCCAUCACAAAGAUCGGUGGCGUGAUGAUCGUCACUCAGGUCAUUCCUCAGGAUCAAUCCUCCAUCCAGCUCCAAUCAGCUGCUGCCCCCCCACUGGCUCCGCCCACAGCACCAGAGGCCCCUCCCAUGGGCACAUACGCCCCUCCCCCACCCAUCAAGACUCCGCCCGUCGUUCCCGCCACCAAGAUGGACGACGUAACGGCGGCCUUCCUGCAAGGACAGCCGCACGGCCUCGGGGUGGUUCAGAUCAUCAUCGGCGUGCUCGCCGUCCUCUUCAGUCUGACCGCCAUCUUCUCGCCAACCCUGAUGCUGCACGCUCCGCUCUGCCUGGCCGUCACUUUCAUCGUCUCCGGCUCCAUGGCGCUGGUGGCGGCGGCAAAGCAGACUACAGUCCCACUGGUUCUGGCGUCUCUGGUCUGGAACAUGAUCAGCGCCGUGGUCGGCCUGGUGGGUGUGGCCUAUGUCAGCUGGCUGCUGGCGGGCCGCCGCCCCUCUGAGCGGUUCUGUGAAACCAAAACCACGAGCGGGUCGGUGCUGCCGGAUGAAGAGAAGAUGACAUGUGCCGGACGCCUGUGGAUGUUGGAUGUGUCCGUGUACGGACCUCUCGGCCUCCUCCUGGUUCUGCUCGUCCUGCAGGUCUGUGUGGCCGUCACCGUCUGCGUGUUCUCCGGGAAAGCCUUCAGACGCCGCGCCCCCAUCAUGGUGGAGGUCGGUGAUGACAGCCGUCUGCUGUGCCCUGCAGCGUCGCCAUACGACAGCGACGACGCCCUGUUGGACGCCAGCGUGGAGGCCACGCCUCCAAACUCACCGUGAGAGGGGAGGACCACAGUACUGCAGUAAUACUGCAGUAUUACUAACAUUAUUAUUAUUAAUACUGCAGUAAUACUGCAGUAUUAAUAAUAAUAAUAAUGAUAGUAAUAAUACCACUAGAAUCUGUAAUCACCUUUCCAACAGUCUGUCGCUUUCUCUGCUAUUCAUCAGCUGUCUUUGUUGCACUGCAUUCUGGGUAAUGUAGUGUUGUUUUUUUAAUUUGGAGCCGUCAGCCAAUGAGAGGGCAGAGUGAGGUACGAUGUUAUGUUAAUGCUGAAUUCAUCAGGA